GCUAGAAUUUAGGCUUCUAGGACAGACAGCGAGCGACGGCUCCCUGCCCUGACAUCGUCUUUGCUCCGCUUUCGGAAGAGGAAACGGGGCGUGGAUCGUUACAUUUUAAGGGCUAGUUCAUUCUAUUUACGGGAUCUGUACGGAUUAUACCCAUCGGUGACUGGCUGACACCUGUAUGUGAGCUCCUCGCCCAGAGCCACGGGUCACAGACGGGAGGAGAGACUCGGUCAUCAGCAGCAGCCUGUUUCUAGCACUUUGUCCACACACACAAGAGCACGCACGCCACCAUGGAGGCCGUAGCCAAAUACGAUUUUAAAGCCACCGCCGAUGAUGAGUUGAGCUUCAAGCGCGGAGAAAUCCUUAAGGUAUUAAAUGAAGAAUGUGAUCAGAACUGGUACAAGGCGGAACUAAAUGGAAAAGAUGGCUUCAUUCCCAAGAACUACAUAGAGAUGAAGGCCCAUCCGUGGUUCUUUGGAAAGAUUCCCCGGGCCAAAGCAGAGGAGAUGCUGAACAAACAGAGGCAUGACGGAGCCUUUCUGAUCAGAGAGAGCGAGAGUGCACCUGGGGACUUCUCCCUCUCCGUCAAGUUUGGAAACGACGUUCAGCAUUUCAAAGUCCUUCGUGAUGGCGCUGGUAAAUACUUCCUGUGGGUGGUGAAGUUUAACUCUCUGAAUGAGCUGGUGGACUAUCACCGGACCACCUCCGUGUCCCGCAACCAGCAGAUCUUCCUGAGGGACAUCGAGCAGCAGCAUGUCCACCAGCACCCGACAUAUGUGCAGGCGCUGUUCGACUUCGACCCACAGGAGGAAGGUGAGCUGGGCUUCCGACGCGGCGACUUCAUCCAGGUCCUGGACAACUCGGACCCCAAUUGGUGGAAGGGAGGCUGCCACGGCCAGACGGGCAUGUUCCCCCGCAACUACGUCACGCCCAUCAUCCGGAACAUGUAACCACAGAACCACCACAAUAACACCGCCAACCAUCUGAUCUUCUGCGACCAUCCAUGAUCUUCAGCAUCUCCAUCACCUCCUCCUCCAGCCCCUGACGCCCUCACACCUGAAAGCAGGAGAACCAGGGAGGACUGCGGGGCGCAACUGAGAGAAUUAACUUUUUUGCUGAGAAUGCUCCCCCUCGCCCCCAAAAAACCUAACCCGGCGAGGACUCUGAGGGAAGAAUCGCGACCCUCCACUUUGCAACAUUCUGCCUUUCCUCUGCCCUUUUUCUGUUCUUUUUUGCUGCAUGUUUUAAUCACCUAAAACAAAAACGCCUACCAGUUUUAACGUAUAAAAAGCUAAAAAAACAAAAAAAGCUAAAAAGAAGAAAUGGUUUUUAAAAAAAUUUAAAGGAAAAAAACUGAUGCCAUUUACCGCAAGUUUCCAUGUCUGAGAUCAUUGGCACGUGAGCAUUGUACAAUAAAUCAACUAUAGAGAGAAUCCAUUUUUUAAGAAUAUAUAUUAUAUAUUUGUAUGUGUUUGUCUGUUUUACCUCUCAUCGCAAAUUGUAUUUUUUUUCAUUUGUAAAUUAUGUUUAAUCUUUUGUUAGAAGACCUUGUAGCCAUGUGCUGAAUUGUUUUGUUUUUCUUUUUAAUUUUUAGAAUUUAUCCAAGGCCUCUCUACGGUGGCCCGGAAGGACAAGUCACAAGAAAAGUAUUGAAAAACAACUAUGCCAAAAUGCCAAAAUUAUUAGGCAAAAAUGUCAUCUAACCAAAAUUUUGAAGAUUUGUAGUAGUAUUCUGAAAACAAAAAAAACAACUGCAAAUGGCCAAAUUGUAACUUGUUCUUCAAGGGCCACCAUACCUCUCAGUUCUAGUGAAUGAUAUUUCAAAAAGUUGCAACAAACCAUCAUUUUUGAGGGAAAUAAAAAAGACAAGUUCAAAACCAGGAAGACGAGAAGAGCCAGCACCCAGCUAGCAUCGAGCCAUGGACACUGUCACGCCCCAAGUCCGACCACUUUCUUUUCUCCAAAACCAAUGUAUUUAUUCAGCCAUUUGUACUCGGGCAGUGAAUGUAGCUGACUGGCGUUUAACAUGAGGGACACGCGGUUGGAGAACUGAUUUUCAAAUGACAUGCUGAAAACCCAAUGCAAGUUGAAAUAUGUACAGGUAGAUAUGGAAACGAUUGACACGGGGUCAUCAAAGCCUACAUCACGCAUGCAUCCGCUCUCUUAGCAUCACCCGUGGCACACAUGGACAAAUUGGAAAAAAGCAAGAUUGUCUUUCGAGAGAUCAGCUUCAACAAUGUACAAAUGUUAUGUUCUCAGUUGUUUUAUGUAUUGUGUGGUGUGUGUGGUCAAGCACUUUUUAAAGUCAUGUUUCACUCCUGGGGUUGGUUUGGCAAUGGAUUUCGACUGGGCUAGUGGUAAAAUGUGUCCACACUAGCAUGUUUUGUGCCCCUUAAUUAUUUGCUGAGUUUUGUGUAGUAAUUUUAGGAAAGUACUUUUAUUAUGGGAAAUGAAACUUGAACAUGACGAUUGUAUUCACAAUCCCAAUUGGUUGCUGAUGAAAAUAUUGUACACUUAUCCUUGGAAAAAUCAUUUGAAUGUACUGUAAUGUUGUAUAAUAUUCAAUAUAUUUUCAUUCAAAACUGACUAGGGUGGACAUCGGCUUUUGGAAUAAAUUUUGAUUUGACAGAUUUCAAGUGAUCAUUGGUAAUUAGGCCAUUACAAAUACUUGCUUUUUAGUCACUAUCAUGUUGUGAUUAAAUGUAUUUAAUUGAGUGGUUUAAAAAAUGAUUUUAGUGACACACUAGAAGUUAAUGCUCCACUAUCAAGUGUAGAUGAAUUGUUUCGACUGUAAUUAAUGUCAAAAGGUAAUAGACAAGGUUGCCCAAUAUUUCCAUGUUCAAUCUGUUUGUAUUAAAGAUCUAAGUUAUAGUUUAUCAUAACUUAACUUUUUACAGAAACUCAAUUUCUGAUCUCAUAAAACUUGAAAUUGUAAUUUUUUGGUCACAUUACUAUUACAAUACAAACAUUGCAAUAGUCAAAACUGUGAUUAUUUGACAAACUUUCCUUUACACUAGUCCAGUCUGUUUACCCGCCAGCCCUCGCUCCUGUCCCACAGCUGUUUUGUUGAUGUGUCAGUGUUCUCUCUGAUAGUGCCUUUCUCUGGUGUCCUCAGUGUCUCCGGCCCCGCUCCCUGCCACUGUUAAACCCCGCCCCCAGGUGAAGAACAGUGUACAUACCCCGCCCCCUUCCAUCCAGUCAACACACAGCUCCUUUUAUUUAAGUGUCUCGUCUCACCUCGUCUUACACAAUGAUACUGUUCAUGUUUUGGCUCUUUCUUUUUUUUUAUUUGCAUUUGUUUUGUUUUGUUUUUUUGUUUUCAAUUAAUAAAAAUGCAAUUAUUAAAAAAUGUGGAAUUGUGCAGGAGUUCUCUUGACAUAUUGGAAUUAAAUGUAUGUUUUUAUUUAG